CGUUAAUAACUAUUUUCACUGUGAACGAAUUCUCAUGAUUUGCAUACCAAUCGAAUCGGAAAUUCUCUAAGAUUUGUUUGAUAUUCUAUAAAUUACAAAUCGCUGAUCUCUAAACGGUUUAAAUUCAUGAAUACUGGAAAAACUUCUUUUUUUCUCAUACAUUUGUUCUGCCGAUUUGUGUGCUAACCCUACCCGUAUUUCGAAUGCUUAUAACUCGAACAAUUCUUAACAGAUAGGAAAGAUGUUUGCAUUAGAGAUGUGCCAUCCGCUCAUGAGCUGUUCCAAAGAGUCGACUCUUUAAAGUGAGUUGAUACGGAACAGCUCGCAAAAAAAAAAAACGCACAGCUCUUCAGCUCACUUUGAAAAUUAUGCAGGAGGGAAAAGAGCUGUAGAAUUGCAGAGAGUGUGUGAGCUGUAAGAUUUGGAUGAAUUGACCGCUUUUCGCUCUUCGUUUUAUGACAUCAGUUCAAUUUCGUUUGUUCCUUGUGUUUUCAACUGUCAAAUAAAAGCGGUUAAAAAUCAUUUCAGUUUUGCGUACAUAAGUGAAAUCAGCUUUUGGACUUUUCUUCAAAAAAACAUUUUCGUCUGCUUAAAUUUUUAAAAUCAAAUCAAGGUAAAGACAAUUAUUUUUAAAAAGUAACUGCAAUGUUCUAGUAUGUAUUUUUCCUCUAUUUUAUUCCAGGAUUACCAAAGGAAACCUCUGCGGAUCCAACCUUUUUCUUCUAGCAUCGUGGUUCAAACAAGUUAGGAGUGGAAGCAUUUUUGAGUCUCUGGAUUCUGGACCUUUGGAAAUUUGAACUGCGGUACUGGUGCCGUCAGAAACAAGUAGGAAGUUGAGGAAAAAUCAUUCAUCAAGUUCAUCACACCAAGUAUUUUUUAUAGCCCUGAACGCGGUAAAAUUUAUUUAUCUAACACUAAAAGAAGUGUGAGAUAAGUAUUACGCUGUCCUUCCGUUUGAAAUAAGAAGCGUUACGGAAUCGUAUUUUGGAUUUGAAUCCUACUAACUAGCGUAUAUUGGUAUUAUCUGAAAAAUAAGGUAUUAUCGCCAUGUCAACUGGAAGCAGAGUAACAAGUGAUAUAUGGUAUCACUUUACAAAGGAACGAGCUAAAGCGAAAUGUCGUUAUUGCAAUGCAUUGAUUGCAUCAUCGAAUGGUUCAACAGGAAAUAUGAAAAGGCACUUGAAAAAUAAACAUCCUUUCGUGUCUUUGAACCGAAGCCUGGCAACAACAAAAAUCGUUCCAUCUGGUGGUGAUAGUGAAGCCAGAACAGCAGAUGUAGGCGAAAAUCUUCCCAUAGAUCAGCAACAAUCUGGAUCCACAGUGACUUCAAGUACAAGUUCUGAUGGUAUGCGGGGUUCCGAAGCUUCCGGAAACAAUUUGCGCUCUGUGCCUCACUCGUAGCAGUCGAUGACUAGAUAUGUCGAUGUUCAUCGACCGAUGUCAAUUAUAAGAAGCAGAUCGCUAGACAGUCAGCUGCUCAGAAUGAUCUGUAAAGAAUAUCAUCCAUUUUCGCUCGUUGAAGAUAACGAAUUCAAAGAAUUUGUUCGCAUGCUCUGCCAUUCGUAUACCCUUCCAAGCAGGAAGACUUUGACGAACAGUUUGUUGCCGGCUUCGUAUAAUGAGGUUCUAUUGGAGGUGAAGGAUGAAUUGCAACACGCGUCUGCUGUUAGUUUGACUAGCGAUGGGUGGACCAAUAUUAACAACAUGAGUUUUUACGCUUUAACGGCCCAUUUUAUUGAUAGAUGUGGCACUUUGAAAUCUUACCUUCUUGAAUGUUCAGAGUUUAAUGAAAAGCAUACAGGCGAGAAUAUAGCUUCAUGGAUAGCUCAAGUUCUAAAGACAUUCAAUAUCGAUUUUAAAAUUACCGCUAUCGUAACCGAUAACGCUGCUAACAUGAAGUCCGCAGCAUCAAUACUGAAUAUCAGAAACGUAAGCUGUUACGCUCAUUCGCUUAAUCUGGCAGUUCAAAAUGCCAUAGCAAAGAGUAUCAAGUUGGUGGUGGAUAAGGUCAAAUUAAUUGUUCAGUUUUUCAAAAAAAGCACAUCUGCAUUAUCAAAGCUAGUUGAUAUGCAAAAACCUUUGAACAAAGCACAGUUAAAGUUGAAACAAGAUGUUCCAACGCGCUGGAAUUCCACUUUCGAUAUGCUGGAUCGAGUUCUGAUCAACAAAGAACCGAUUGUAUCCACAUUAGCCUUGCUGGACUCUACGUUAUCCUUAGAUAGUUCGGAAUGGGAUGUUAUAGAACACAGUGUCAAUAUGUUGAGAACAUUUCACGAUGUUACUGUUGAGAUAUCUUCAGAGCAAAGCGUUUCCCUGUCAAAAACGUGCGUGUUGUACCGUAUAAUGAUAAAGAAGAUGAGUACAUUUCCUGAUGCAAGUCUGCCGCAAAGCGUGAGAAUGCUUAAAACUGAGCUAGUAACAGGCUUACAAAAAAGAUUUGGAUCAAUCGAAGAUAAUGAACUCAGAUCUCAAGCUGUUUUAUUAGAUCCACGGUUCAAAAAACAGGCUUUCGGAGAUGAUUCGAAGUUUCAGCUUGCGUAACAAUCCAUCAUACGGAAGUUGAGGCAGACU